AUGGCCGCUACAACCUAUGCCGACUUCAAUGCAACCACUGAAGGACUCGAUGUUGCAAAAACAUUUUCGGACAAAGUCCAUGGAAAUACCAUCCUGAUCACAGGCGUGAACAUAGCUGGAAUUGGAUUCUCAACAGCGCAGGCUUUUGCUUCUCAAUCCCCAGCUCACCUGAUCAUCACCGGUCGGAGUCUCUCCAAGAUUGAAGAAAGUGUGCAUUCUCUUCGAAUCCAGUUUCCAGGUCUAGACUGCCGUGGUUUGCAAAUCGAUCUAUCCUCUCAGCAAUCCGUCCGACAGGCAGCCAAUCGUCUGAUGGGCUGGACCGAUAUACCCUCAAUUGAUAUUGUUAUCAACAAUGCCGGGAUCAUGUGUAUCGAAGAGCGAACCCUAUCCUGUGAUGGCAUUGAACUUCACUUUGCAACAAACCAUAUCGGUCAUUGGCUUUUUACCUGUUUGAUCAUGCCAAAGUUGAUCAAAUCCGCCAAGGCUCAUUCUGAAGGUACGACUAGGAUCGUCAACGUGACUUCUGCCUCUCCCACAGUAUCUGGGAUGCGCUGGAGUGACAUGAACUUCGAUGUUAAGAACAAAGAUCUUCCAAAAGAAGAGCAACCAGUGGGUGCGUGGUUUGAGGCUUGGGGGUAUACAGAUCUGGAUAAUCAAUCCUAUAAUCCCCUUGAUGGCUACAAUCGCAGCAAAGUGGCUAAUGUUCUUUCUGGGAUUGGCUUGAAUCAACGCUUGUUCGAGAAGUAUGGCAUCUUCUCUCUAUCUGUGCAUCCAGGAGUUAUCGGUACUACUGAGCUGGGUCGAAACUUUCCCUCCGAUUUGAUCGAAGCUGUUCAAGCCAUGGCAGGCAAGGGUCUUUUUGAUUUCAAGACCGCGGGUGCGGGGGCUGCAACAAGCGUGGUUGCUGCACUGGAUCCUGCACUGGCGAAAGGUGUUGGGGAUAGUAAGAAUGGAUGCAUUAAUUGGGGCUCAUAUCUUGUGGAUUGCCAAAUUAGUGAUCAGGCUUCACCACUGGCAGUGUCUAGUGAUCAGGCUGAGAAACUUUGGGAAUUGUCGGAGAAGCUAGUUGGACAGAGCUUUUCGUGGUAA